UGGCUGUGACAAGGGCACUCUCCUUCCCACCCCUCCCUUACUGGGAGGUGAAGGGAUGUUGCGAUGUUUCCUCCCACACCAAGGGCUGAACCAACCGCGCGGUUCUACCCCUCAUGUCCGCCUCGCCUUCGGGCAGAUUUAGUUGGACCAAUCUGCUUUUGUGUGGAGUGCCAUCACCAGCUUACAAAAACACAUGCUGAGACAUUGACUGACUGGUAACCCUCACGUGUGUCGUGCCGCGAUGAGGAACGUUCAGGAGUUGACCUGGCUGCUCCUGCUGGUUCUCACACCACGCACUAAAGGUGGUCUCAGUCGGCCGGGGAAGCCCACGCUGACCAGCUGUCGCUCUCCGGAGAAAGAAACCUUCACGUGCUGGUGGCAGCCUGCUUCUGAUGGAGGACUGCCUACCACGUACGCGCUGUACUACCGCAAGGAAAACUCCGAAAUCAUGUACGAGUGCCCCGACUACUUCACGGGCGGGGAGAACUCGUGCUUCUUCAACAAGAACAACACGUCCAUCUGGGUUAACUACAACAUCACAGUGGUGGCCACCAACCGACUGGGCAGCACCUUCUCCGACUCCGUGGAUGUCGACGUGGUCUAUAUCGUGCAGCCCAACCCUCCGGAGAACGUGUCGCUGAGCGUCAUGGAGGACAAAGGCUGGCCCUUCCUGCGAGUGGCUUGGGCGCCGCCCCGCAAGGCCGACACUCGCUCCGGCUGGAUCACACUCAUCUACGAGCUUCGCAUCCGGUCGGAGGGAGAAAACGAAUGGGAGACUCAUGUGGCUGGCCAGCAGAAGCUGUUCAACAUUUUCAGCCUGCGCUCCGGCGGCUUGUACCUUGUGCAGGUGCGCUGCAAACCCGACCACGGCUUUUGGAGCGACUGGAGCUCGCCGUCCCAAAUCCGUUUUCCUGAAUAUUUCCACCAGGAAAAGUCAGCGUGGAUCGUCACCACUGCUGUUUGUGCCUUCAUCUUCCUCAUCAUCACGUGGUUGCUGCACAUGAACCAUGGCAGCUUGAAACACUGCCUCCUACCACCGGUCCCUGGUCCUAAAAUAAAAGGAUUCGAUGAGCAGCUUCUAAAGAAAGGAAAAUCCGAAGACAUCUUCAACGCGCUAGUGGUGUCAGACUUUCCCAUGUCGUGGUCGUCGUCGUCCAACAGCGAGGACUUGCUGGUGGAGUUACUGGAGGUUUACAUCCCAGAAGAAAGGGAGAACAUGUUGGGGGCGAGCAAGGACCUCGGUGGCGGCAGCUUCAAGUUGGAGAGCUCGACAUCUGACAGCGACUCGGGCCGGGGUAGCUGCGACAGUCGCACACUGCUGAUUGAGAAGUGCGGCCGGCCCAAAGAGCACGAAGACAGCGCAGAGGAGCGGGUCGAACGGGAAGACUGGGAAGAUGCUCGAGUAGACACGGGAGGUAGGACGUGGCCUUCUGUGUUUCCCGGUCUGCCAGACCGGCCUCAGCGCAGCCUCUCAGAUGGCCUCUCUCAAGUUCUGGGGCCCUCGGAGGGGCAGGUGUGCAAGCAAAUCAAGGCCCGCAGCGACAUCAAUAUCGCCGUGUCCGGUCACAAAGAGUCACCCGCUCGCUGGUCCGUGGAGUACGUGGGCGUGCAGACGGUUGUGAAUGACGACAUGGUCAUCCUGCAGCCAUGGGGGAGCAGGGAGGGCUGCACCCCGCUGCACUCCUUACAGGAGCGGGACUACAGCCAGGUGAAGCAGGUGGGCAGCGACGACACUCUGCUACUGCUCCAGAAAGUGUCAGAGGGAACGGCAGAUGGGCGCGAGGCUGGCAAUAUGAGCCAGAAGAGCGCCACCUGUAUGAACUCCACCACGGCAACGGGUGGCUACGUCGACGCAGCUGCCGCUUUCCCAAUGACAACGUACUGAGGGUCCUUUUCGGGGAUGGGCAUUCAAGGUCAUCUCGUAAUUGUUAUUUUUAUCAUCUUCAACAGGAUGGGAUUGAUGGGAAUGUUGUGAACUCCUAUUUCCAUGUACCGGUACUUCAGACCCACAAUUUUUCAUACACCAAAAAAUAUAUAUAUAUUUUUUUCGAGGAUCAUAACUCUUUUACAAAAUUGUCCUUUUUUUACUUUCUAAAACAAAAAAAAUUGGAAUCCAUCCGUGUAUUUUUUUCUCCACGUGAAGACUUUAUGUACCAUUAUGACUUUUUCUCCAUAACAUUCAGAUUUUUUUUUCUUUCUCCAAGACUUUACAAAGGUCACAUGAGGAAUUUGUUGCAAAAAAAUUUUUGCAAAAAAUGAUGGAAUGAAUCAUUUUCGAGGUUGUGUGUCAUGGCAUGUUCAUGAAUCCUUUUGUAUAGUGGAACCUCCAAGGCUUUUUCUUGGUUUUAUUUAUGUAUUUUGUGAGGGGAAAAAAACAUUGAUAACCAUCGAACAAACAUUUAUCGGGAAGCGUACAAAUUUGAUGUAUGUGGCCACAGUAGGAAUGAAGCAGUUUUGUAUACCGAGGACUGUAUGUGAAAUUAUGUGUUCAAAGAAAUGUGGAUGUCUUGCUCAGUUUUUCCAUUCGUAGAUUAUUUUUGUACAGAAGUAAUGUGUAUGUCACAAUGUAAAGUUUAUUUGGAUAUUUCAGGGUUCCCAUGUGUCCUGAAAAAUGAUUGACCAAUUUUCCAGACAUGACAAAGACAUGGAAAAUGACAUAAAGUAAAAAAUAUCCUGGAAAAGCUU